AUGUCAACUGAACGUUUUGAUGUAACACGUGCAGCUUUAGAACAUCUUGAAUUAUUAAACAAUGACAUCAAUCCAUUAACGGUUACCGCACAGUUUCGCUCAAUUUUAAGACAUCAUAAACAAGAGAAUACAUCACCAACAGAAAAUUAUAAUUACAUCGAUUAUGUCGUUUCUGAAGAGCAACAUCGACGACGAGCAAGAUCUAGAGGUGGAGCUGACAGAAGAUCGAAAUCGUGUGGACGAAUUAAAUAUGACACAGACGAUUAUGAAAAUGAGUAUUAUGAUCAAGAACAGGAUCAAAGUUUAGAAUCACAAAUAAAAAAUGGAAAUGAUGAUACGUCGUUAUAUAUCAAACGUAAUAGUAACAAAAAUAGUGACAUUAACACAAGCGUGGGAGGUUUAAUUGCUGAAUCACAAUCUUGUUUUGGUUUGUCAAAGUGGCCAGAUGAAGCUGGUAGCAGUUCAACCGAAGAUAUUUAUCAAGAUUCAGCGGUUGGCUCGGAUUACAGUGAACCUGUGGCUAUUACAGCCGUUAGUAAAGCAACAUCAUGCGAUUCAGCUAUAUCUACCACAAGCAAUAACAAAUAUUUUGAUCAAACAUCACCAACAUCAUUAAUUAACUCUAAUACCGGUGUACAUGACUUUUAUGAUAAAAGGUUAUUAUCACAAAUCGAUGAAGCAUCUGAAUAUAAUAAUUCAACUACAAAUUCGAGUAUAAAACGGUAUUUAAAUACUAAUGGUUAUCCGACAAUAAAUUGGAAACAAUUGCGUGAAAAACAACAUCAUGACAGUAUUAAUAAAGCGAAAACAAUAAUAUCACAAAAUUCAACACUAGCAGCAACAUUGCCGAGGAAAUUAGCGAUGACGAGUGAUUUUGAUCGAUAUGAUCCGCAACGUAGCAGUAUCAAGAAACAACCAAUAUCGCUACUGUCUUAUCAUAAAAAUCAACAACAAUUUCAAAAACGUAUUGAACAAUUUACGGGAACAAGAACAAGCAGACGCGAUGAACAUCAGCAACAACUAUUAACAUCAAAACAACAACGUCCAGUGCGGCCUCGUGCAUUUACGGCCGAUAUUGGCUCAUUGAUUCAACAACCACCAGUGCAAUCGCCAAUGCAAACGAGUCAAAUAACAAAUUCUACAAUGGAUACCAGUUCAUUGACAACAGUAUCAACUAUGGAUGAUGAUAACAUAAUACGUUCAACAACGUCAACAGAAGAAUCAUUCGUCUAUCCGAAUGUAUCGGAAUUACGUAAAACAUUUGAAAAAGUUUCCUCUCCAACGACGGGAAAUCGUGCUCAUACGCCAAAUACCUCAGCAACAUUAAUGGAUAAUUCCAUUACAUCACCACCUCCUUCUAUUAUCUCAACAACAGGUUCUCGUUCUACCUCACCAUCACCAUCAAAUUCUCCAUGUCGUACAACCACAUCUUCGUCUUCAUCCUCGAAUGGAAGUUCAGAUGUUCGAACACCAUCGAUUUCACCCACAACGUCUCGACGUUCAAGUCCCUCUUCACGUUAUACUAUAACACGUUAUAAUUCAUCUUCUAUUAAUAAUGACAACGAUGUUAUCAUUCCUAUUGCUGAUUGCGGCAUCUUAUUAAAAUACGAUAAACGUCAAACUCAUACGAAAAAUAAGAAGACGCAUAAUAAAUCAGCAGAAAUACCUUUGAACAAUCAUAUGUCUAACAGUUGUUAUUCAAUUAGUGGUUAUGGAGAAGAUUCUGAACAAGCAUGUUGUAAUGAGAAUGAUUUAUUAAACGAUUCACAUAUUCAAUUACAAAGUGACGAUGAAGAAAUUGAAUAUUCAAAACAUGAUGAUGUAAGACCGAUUUAUGUGUGA